AGGGGUGGAGAGGGAAGGGAGGAGGGAUGGGGGAGGGGAAAAGGGAGCGAGGUGUCUCCCCAGCUCGCUGCCUCAAGCAAGUGGAGUUUUUAAAAAGCUCCAGCAGAUCAUGUCAUGACGACUUCGCUGCUCCUGCAUCCGCGCUGGCCGGAGAGCCUUAUGUACGUCUAUGAGGACAGCGCGGCGGAGAGCGGCGGCAGCGGCGGCGGCGGCGGGGGAGGCGGCAGCGCGGGCGGAGCGGGGGGCGGCUGCAGCGGAGCGAGCCCUGGCAAAGCCCCGAGCAUGGAUGGUCUGGGCAGCAGCUGUCCGGCCAGCCACUGCCGCGACCUGCUUCCGCACCCCGUGCUGGGCCGCCCGCCGGCUCCCCUGGGCGCGCCUCAGGGCGCCGUCUACACGGACAUCCCAGCCCCGGAGGCGGCGCGCCAGUGCGCCCCGCCGCCGGCGCCCCCCACCUCGUCCAGCGCCACCCUGGGCUAUGGCUACCCAUUCGGGGGCAGCUACUACGGUUGCCGCCUGUCGCACAACGUGAACCUACAGCAGAAGCCUUGCGCCUACCACCCGGGCGAUAAGUACCCGGAGCCGUCGGGCGCCCUGCCCGCUGACGACCUGUCCUCCAGGGCCAAGGAGUUCGCCUUCUACCCCAGCUUCGCCAGCUCCUACCAGGCGAUGCCCGGCUACCUGGACGUGUCGGUGGUGCCCGGGAUCAGCGGGCACCCGGAGCCGCGUCACGACGCGCUCAUCCCCGUCGAAGGCUACCAGCACUGGGCUCUCUCCAAUGGCUGGGACAGUCAGGUGUACUGCUCCAAGGAACAAUCGCAGUCCGCCCAUCUCUGGAAGUCUCCCUUCCCAGACGUGGUUCCCCUACAGCCCGAAGUGAGCAGCUACCGACGUGGGCGCAAGAAACGAGUGCCCUACACUAAGGUACAGCUGAAGGAGCUAGAGAAAGAGUACGCGGCUAGCAAGUUCAUCACCAAAGAGAAGCGCCGGCGCAUCUCGGCCACCACGAACCUCUCAGAGCGCCAAGUCACCAUCUGGUUCCAGAACCGGCGGGUCAAAGAGAAGAAGGUGGUCAGCAAAUCAAAAGCGCCUCAUCUCCACUCCACCUGACCGCCCACCCAGCUGCCCACCCCGUCUAUUUAUGUCGCCGCUUUGUACCAUAACCUAACCCUAUGGACGCUGUGCCAGUGCAGUCGAGUAUUUAAUGUUAACAGGAAAGAGGAACCGCAUCACGGGGAGGCAGGGAGGCUGGAGGCUGAGGAGUGCUUGGCCAUCCCCUACUCCCCAUCCCAUCCCUAGCCUCUAUGCCUAUUCAGACAGGGCCCACCCGGCUUCAGCAGCUUUGGAGGUGGGUCCAGGGAGGCUGUGGGAGGAAGGCUAUUGUCGCUACUCCCUGAUACUCUCGCCUGGCCAGCAAGCCAAGUGGCAGCCAAGAGCCCAGUCAUUCCAACGAAAUCAGGGUUGGGGAACGACCCCAAUUCUUGUCUCAUCCUAUGACCAGGCUGGUAGAGGACCCUCCUUAAUGGUGUGGCUUUGGGGAAGGAUCUGGCCAGCUCAUACUUUCUUUCCCUGUCCCUCCUACACUCCUUAGGCAAGGUUUCCCAGUAAAGAUUUUCUGUGCAUAUUUUUAAAGUCAUGUUAAUAUUAAUGAUAAUUAUUAGUGAUCUGGUAGCCUGAUUGGAGUACAGAUGGCGCUCAGAGCUGGUAGGUUUUCUUUCUUUCCUGUUUCAACCCUCCAUCCCAAGAAAUGAAUUUCUCAGGAGCUGCCUUUGCCCCCAUUGCCUCCCCUGUUCUGCUCUUAGUCAACUUGUGGAAAUCCAAGGAGGACCAACAUUCCAGCCACGCUGCUAAAUAUGGCUUAUCUCUUCUCUUUCUCUCUCUCUAGGUGGUGAGGUUGGGGAUUAGGCCAGGCACAUACGCAGAACUUUUUUCUAAGGACAAACUUCUCUUCCAAGGGGAUGGAGAGUGGGUCCUUCAGCAGAGUCCCUCUCCAGUCACCUCUCCACCGUGGCAAUAGCUCAGAAGAGCGGCCUCAUGCUUUCACUUUCACUGAUUUCCAGAGGAGAGCUAGAGGAGCUAGUCCAGGAGGCUAGAAUAACUGGCCCCCAAUUAGCCAGCUAAAUGUAGAUGCUGCCUAACAUUUCCUUCCUCAAAGACCAACUUGGUGCUGUGGGCCCCCCCUCACCUUUUCCCUUCCCACUGGUGCAUUACAAAACAGUGUUCUUUUGAAAUGUUCAUCAGAAAUAGGCUCUUUUUUUUAAAAAAAAAUGUUGUGUAUCUGUAUAUAGUAUUGUGAUGUCUGAAUGACAAUGUACUGAAUGCAAAAAGAAAAAUCCCAUAAACCUGUUUUUAAAAUAAAGUCUUUUUUUUUUUGCCUUGA